AUGGCCACGGAGUUACGGUGUCCGGACUCCAUGCCCUGUCACAAUCAGCAAGUAAACUCUGCCUCGACCCAAAACCCUGAGCCGCAGCAAGCUGGAGACCUGAUCCCGGCCCACGCUGGGGGAAACAGCGAUUCCGCGGCCAAGCUGACUCUUCUCAGCGGGCACGCCCAUUCUAGCGUACCGGCUGAGCGGGACCCUCAGGCCUCCGGUGGCGCCACCUUCAACUCAGAAAACAUCGGUGGCGCUGGCAACCAUGACGCUCCACCCAGCGAUUCCCUCCUAGGGGACUGCGAAGUCUCCCGGCAGAUCGGGGCGCAGCUUAAGCUCCUGCCAAUGAAUGAUCAGAUCCGGGAGCCGACUAUCAUCAGGGACAAGACAGCCAGUAGAGGGGACUUCAUGUUUUCUGCGGAUCGUUUGAUCAGACUUGUUGUGGAAGAGGGAUUGAAUCAGCUGCCGUAUAAAGAAUGCAUGGUGACCACUCCAACAGGGUACAAGUAUGAAGGAGUGAAAUUUGAAAAGGGAAAUUGUGGGGUCAGCAUAAUGAGAAGCCGUGAGGCGAUGGAACAAGGUUUACGAGACUGCUGUCCAUCCAUACGAAUUGGAAAGAUCCUGAUUCAGAGUGAUGAGGAGACACAAAGAGCCAAAGUAUAUUAUGCCAAGUUCCCCCCAGACAUUUACAGAAGAAAAGUCCUUCUGAUGUAUCCAAUUCUCAGUACUGGAAAUACUGUAAUUGAAGCUGUAAAAGUUCUCAUAGAACAUGGAGUUCAACCUAGUGUUAUUACCCUACUCAGUCUGUUCUCCACUCCUCAUGGUGCCAAAUCAAUCAUUCAAGAGUUUCCAGAGAUCACAAUUUUAACUACUGAAGUUCAUCCUGUUGCACCUACACAUUUUGGACAGAAAUACUUUGGAACAGACUAAGUUAUUGAAGGAAAAUUAUUCUUAUAUGUAAUAUUACA